GCCAGGGGCUAGCAGCCAGCAGGUAUGGUCCGUUCUGCGUGGUUGGGACCGAUUUUAAAACGUUACUGUGUUGAAAGUAGUACAACCAGGACGGGCAACGGCCCGGAGACCCCUUCCGCAGAUGUUGUGUCGCGUUUCAAACCGAGUUUGCGGCAGCUGGAAGCCGUCCGAGCAGCAUGAGUGUCCACCGGACGCCACCGACGCACUCCGACGAGCACACUUCGGUCACACCACGGAGACCCCAGCGGCUCAAACGAUCCAUUCCGGUCAGCGGUCGACCCACAAACGGCACGGCGUCCCCGCUCGUACAAAAGCUGCGGGAGAAAUUCGAGUCCGCGAAAGCGUCUCCCAAUCAGAACGAGAGAAACUGCCGUCCGUCCAGCAGCAGCUUCGCCGCCGUGGUGCGUGACGGCGGUGUCGGCUGCGGGGAGUGCCCGGGUAACCUGUAUAGCUAUAUCAGGAAAAAUCUGCAGCCCACAUCUCUCUCCAGUGUGUCGACUUCCAGCGAAGCCAUCGACGUCGUCGACUCUUCCGAUCCUAGACCGGAAUCGGAAAUCGUUCGGAAUGUUCCUCGGAAACCGAACGCCGUCGAAGCUGCCAUCUACGCACGGCCCGUCAAGUCGAAAUCCUCCGUUCUCCAGCGCGCUCGCCAGUUCGACGACUCUGUUGUUCGCUCGUCCUCGUUUACGGAAGACUCCGUCAGGCGCACCGGUGCCCCGAACCGGCCCACGUCGGUUCUGUCCCCCGUUCCGAACGGGAUGACGUCGUCCAACGGGACGGCGGCUCCGCCGAUCAAACCCCCGCGGACGUUCGCGCACGACAUCUACGCCAAAAACAGGCUGCUGCAGAGGAACCCGAUGUACGGCCAGCACUUGCUUUGCGCCGUCGGCUCUAGUCAGAGCGCGCAGAAGAGGGACGCUCCCGUCGUGGCGGCGUGCCGCGUUCCCAGGCCCCCGACGACGAGGGUCGAGGACGACGCCGUGAUCCACGAGUACGACGAGGUAUGCGUCGAGGACGUGACGAAGGCCUCCUCCGUGGGUGCCGCGGCUCCUCGUCGGAUGAUGUUCAGGUCGAAGCUGCGGCGGAGCAUGAGCGACGAACACAUCUACGCCGAGCCCGAGCCGCUCCCCGCUCGGCGCCAGACCGCCGACGACGACACGGCUGUGUUCAGCCGUCCUAGCGGACGUGGUCGGGAGAGCGCUGCAAAGCGCGAACUGCAUUACAUGAGUUCACCGAUUGCAGGGGCUGGCGACGACGAAUUGUUCUCGCCAAGCUCUCAACGAUCCAGGGCGUUCACUUAUCAGAUCAGGGACGCCAUCAAUCAGUCCUUCACGUCCGUCAGGAAGCAGGUGCGGACGGCGGCGGCCAAGUCGGGAGACCAAGCAGCGGACAGCAGCAGCGAGGUGUCGGUGAAGGACGUGCAGAAGCGCCUAGUCUACGUGCGCUCCAUCAAAAGGGCAUACAUGGAAAGUCCGGUUUCGGACUGCACCACAAAAGCUCCGGUGCUCUCCUUCGUCUUUGUUGUUGGCUACAAGAGCAUCGACGACCACAUGCCCUCUCAGCCCGAAGUGCUGUACCGGUUCCCCAAAGAGACCAGUGACUACAACUACGACCCCCUGGUGAUUGCGCAUCUAUGCCUUCCGUUGGAAUCCGGUCUAGCAGAGUCGGAGUCUUCUGAAAGGGAGAUCUUCUAUUUCAGCCUGGUUCGAGAAAAUGGGGAGAAGACAUUUUUUCACUGCCUCAAAACAUCCAAGUGUCCAAGCGCCGUUGUGGGCGACGGUGUCCAAGCUCCGGUUGUGCUGUGCCUCGCUACGGAGGCUUCUGCUCCAGCGUUCUAUCACAAGCUGGUGUCCGACCUGGAGGAGCCCUUGGCCCGCCUGUCCGAGGCCGGUUGGUCGGACCUGCUGGGCUCCCUGGCCAAGCAGUGCGUGCCUUCGCCCGGCUGCAAGCUGGUCUGCCAACGGCUGUCUUCUGGUCAAGGAGACGUCGCGCUUGCCACGGCUCGACCCCUCGACGACAAGUUUGACUGGGUCAAGCUCACUCCCCUCCUGAGCGUCCUGGAGGACUCUCUCCUACUCAGGAUCAUCUCAUCCCUCGUCCUCGAGAGAAGGAUCAUCCUGGUGUCGGCCAACCACGUGUUGCUACGUGGCUGGGUGGAGGCAGUGGAGUCGCUGCUGUACCCGUUCAAGUGGCGCCACGUGCGGGUGCCCCUGCUGCCCAAAAGCCUGCUGGUGCAGUGCUCCUCUCCCGAACCCUACCUGCUGGGUGUGCCCGACGCCCUGGCGCACAUGGCCCUCGAGAUCCUCUCCGGUCCUGUGCUGGUGGUGGACGUGGAUCGGGGGGCCCUGCUGAGCGAGGAUGAGGACAACCGGGACGUCAUCCCCAAGAAGCUUCAGAAGGCCCUGUGCAUGGCACUCAGCCUGGCGAAGAACAUGACUGAUCCGACGGAGCGUGUGCGAGACAUGAUGAUCACGGAGGCCUUUGUGCGGCUCUUCGUGGAGCUGGUGGGCCACUGCGACCAACACGUCUCCUUCCUCGACGGCAGCGGCUGCGGCUCCGCCUUUCAGAGGGAGGCCUUUGUGAAGGCGCCGUCGUCCAGGGGAGCCCAGAUGUUCCUGCAGUGGUUCGUGGAGACGCAGGCCUUUGAGCUCUUCCUCCAGGAGCGGGUGGAACGGCUGAGGCAGUUGGCCAAGACGCCCCAGCACCACCUGCUGCCCAAGGGCUUCUUUGAACGUCGCGCCAACGAGUACCUGCUAGACCUUGAGCAGUCUGGGAGGGGCCUUCGAGAGUUUGGCAAGAAGGUCAAGAACAUCGGAGAGAAACUCCGGAACCUGAAAGCAUUCCAGCGUGACUGAUGCCCCUUUCAAGGGUGUCCUUGGUGGAUGGAACUCUUUUUCCCUUUUAUUUGUUAUUUGUGUUCUACAUGCUUUGUUUCGUGUUACGACAAUUCAUACUUUUUCGGAAGCUCUUCUUUGUACAUUUGUAUUUUUAAGCCUCGCGAUCCAUUCGCCCUUGUGUGGCAUCCCAGCCGAUGCCACAGAACAAAGAGUUUAUUUUAAAGUUUUGAAAGGCUAAUGCCGAACGUGUUGUAUUUAAUAUCUUUUGGUUGUUGAAGAAUCGAGUGGUAGAAGAGCCAUCUCAACACUGCCCCGUGCGACUAUUUUUGUGGCAGUUCAAACUGCAUUGCCGAAGACUCAAAUGAUUGGCUUAAAGACAGACGACCAGUUCGCGCUUUCCACUUUUCCCUCGUUUCCUCCUCUUGUCCCUUCUACACUGACCACCGUUGUCUUUUUACUCCUCCCCCAUGGUGAGGAGAAUUUUCUGCCUUGCAGAAUCUCGAGUCUGGUCGUCGGCCUUUAAAGACCCUUGUUUCUGCUUCGACAAGGGGACCAAUGUCGCGCUUAUAUCACCUAUGCGAUUGUGUGUUUCUUAAAGGGACACUGACAAGUCAAAAUUAUAUAUUCUUUUAUAGUCCGAAACAAUUGAAAAGGAUGCCUGGACAUUACCCUCGAAAUUCAAAACUUUGGAACUCAGUUUUCGUGAAGUAAAAAAUAGAAGUUUCCGUGCGAUCCACGCCAGUGUUUGACGUCAAAGAUUGAGUUGUCGUGCAACUCGAGUUUCUCUCACACCUCCGUGUUGUGUUCACCCCCGUCCCGCGAUCAACCGCUCCCUGCGUGCCACCUAUUACUGUGAGCAGACGACGCUUCACUUUCGAAGUUCCUUUUAGGGCUCUUUCAGCGAUACCAAAUUCUUUGAAACGGUGUGGGGUCGAAUAGAGUGCGCAGUGGACUUUUGUGAGCGACAUGGGGGGCCACAUCUUGCCGGUUCUACGUGAAAGGAUGCCCUCGUGGAGUCGCAUCCGAAACUACGGCACACAGGCACCAAACCCAGUUGUUUAAACCGUAUGACAAUUUCCUUUUUGAAGUCUGAGAGGUCGUUGGGAACCUAAAAAAGUGUACUUCGUCCGAUUACCCGACUCAGUGAUCAUCAUCAGUGCUACAUGCGUCGAGCGCCGCCAUGUUUUCUGAGGGAGGAAAAAAAGCCAGGGGGCGACAUCACUCCGGACUUUGAUAUUCAGUAUUUCGAAAAGAAGGUCCGUAGUGCGUUCACAAUUGCAUUAAAAAACAUGUUUUACGAAUGCUGUUAUUAAAUAUUAUAGAAACGUUGCUUGCAAAGCUCUUAAACUUCAUAAUCGAUUACGUCACAAAAAAAAAGAAAAAUAGGUGCAAGGAGGUAAGGAGUGGGAGAGAAAAGCAGCAAAAAUAAAAAGGCACGCACAUGUAGAAACAUUUUUUUUUUUUCGCAUUCUGCUAUUUUUUUUGCAUGUCUAUGACUACAACUUGCAUCAUUUUUGACAACAAAAACAAAUACGAUUUUUGAGGUGUCUGUGCCCCUUUAAGUUGAACUUAGGUGUUGGUUGUUUAAAAUUCUUUUAGCUUAGAGGUUGUGCCCAAAAGUGUGGGUUGUGUUCAGAAAAAUCUUUUAAUGCCGUGAAAUUGCACCCCUAAUGCUGAAUAUCUGUUGGGGUUGCUUCAUCGUCCAAGAUGUGAAGCUUCUCUGCCUGUUUGGUUGUCGCAAUCUGUCAUCGUAAUGUACCACAUUUUUACAAAAACAAUUAGGCUAUUUUCUUUUUUUUUCUCUCUUUUGCCUAUUGUUGCUUGUAAUGAACCCUUCCCAUUCAUUUGGUAUGUUUUAACAAGGAUCAUCCAGUUUCCAUUUUGUUUCUCAUGUUUUUUUUUAAAAAGAAAUUGUAAUCUGCAGCAGAGCAGGCUUGAUGUCUUUAGAGAGAUUGAUUCCUUCGUUGUGUUUUCGUUUGUUUGUUACCAAGAAGUCUUAAAUGAUGCGGGGAGUUUUAUAUUAAACUGCAUGUUGAUGGUUGUUUUGAGGGAACGCAGCAUUAACGAUACAACCAGGGGCGGACGUACCAAUAGGCAGGGUACCGUAAAAUACCGGGGAAGUGGGACCAAUUCAUUUUCACUAAAAACUGACUUAAUCUAGACUUACGAUAGGGAGCUGCCUUGGGCGGCAAAAUUUUUGAGGGUGGUCAAUUUGUGGCUGCCCCCAAAUUAGUUGACGCUUCUUUUAAAAUCUAGCUCUGAAUUUAGCUACUUUGGGAAUUCUAGCUCCAAAUCUAGCUACAGCUUUGCUGGUCUUCUUUCUUCACCAGAGUGGAAAAGCUGACAGUUUUUGUUUUAGUUAUACUCUACAUAUAGGUACAUAAAUGGUGCCAUCGCCCCAUCACUGGAAGUGCGCCCCUGGCUUCCGGGCGCGAGCUUCAUAUUUGUGCUUUUUAAAAUUUUAACUCCAAACCUAGGUACUCCCCCCCCCCCCCCCCCCCAAGUGGCA